CUUGAGAAUAUUUUGGUAUGUAGUAAGAGAGAGGUUACUGUACCAAUACAAAUACAUUAUUCAGUUCUGUUCAGUAGAUUUCACAAAAAUAUUUUAAAUUUAAGUUCUUACUGGAUUUUCGUACUAAAUAGAUCAUUAUAAGGCUGAAGAUGACUGAUCAAUUAUCCAAGGAACAGCAGCGAUUGGCAGAACUUGAAUCAGAAAUAUCAAAGUUUGAGGAGGCAAUAACAAACAUAAGACAAGGAGACUUUUCGGAAACAAGUGAUGAGCUGAAUAGAGCAAUGACCGAAAAUACCAAGCUAAAGUUUAGACUGGAAAUUCUUAAUAAGGCAAUAAGUAAUGAACGUAAAAGCCUAAAGACAGCACCACAAGUAUCUGGGAUGAUUUCAAUUGUAAGUCAUUUAAAGGAUGUCUUCCAACAAGCAAUUGUUGCAGCAUUUCCAGAACUUAAUAAUGCUCCUUGUGUAGUAACGGAAUCACCAAAAGCCGAUUAUCAAUGCUCAAGUAGUAUGGCAAUAUGUCAGCUAUUAAAAGAGAAGCAAAUUAAGACAUCACCAAUGGAAGUAGCUAAGAAAAUUAUUGAAAAGAUCCCAUACUCAUCACUGAUUGAUAAAACUGAAAUAUCAGGUCCUGGAUUCAUCAAUAUUUUCUUAUCAAAGGAUUAUGUCAAGCAAGCAAUUCAUUCAAUCUUAAAUGAUGGCGUUAAACCUCCACAAACUGAAAAGAAACGUAUUGUCAUUGAUUUUUCAUCUCCAAAUGUCGCAAAGGAAAUGCAUGUUGGACAUUUAAGGAGUACAAUUAUUGGUGACAGUAUUGCUAGACUUUUGGAAUUUAUGGGACAUGAUGUAUUAAGAAUUAAUCAUGUUGGAGAUUGGGGGACACAAUUUGGGAUGUUAAUUGCUCAUCUUGAAGAUCGAUUCCCUGAUUUUGUUAAUGUUUCGCCACCAAUUGCUGAUUUACAAUCAUUUUAUAAGGAAUCUAAGAAGCGAUUUGAUGAGGAUGAAGAAUUUAAGAAGCGAGCAUACGAUAGAGUAGUUAAACUACAAUCAGGAGAAUCUAAUUCAACGAAAGCAUGGCAACUUAUUUGUGAUGUAUCUCGACGAGAAUUUCAAAAGAUUUAUGAUUCAUUGGACAUAAAAAUUGUUGAACGUGGAGAAUCAUUUUAUCAAUCGAGGAUGGAGAAGCUAGUUAAAGAAUUGGAAACAAAAGGACUCUUAGAAGCUGAUGAUGGGAGAUUUAUUAUGUGGGGAGAUAAGAAUGAUGAUUUUGGUGGCAUACCAUUAACAAUAAUCAAGACAGGUGGUGGAUUUACUUAUGAUACUUCCGAUAUGGCUACAAUUAAGCAACGUAUUGAGGAAGAAAAGGCAGAUUGGUUGAUUUAUAUCACAGAUGCUGGGCAAGCGACACAUUUUAAGGCGAUAUUUUCAUGUGCCAAACGUGCAGGAAUUCUAGAUUCAUCAAAAAUUCGUGUUGAUCAUGUUGGAUUUGGAGUUGUUCUAGGCGAGGAUGGUAAAAAGUUUAAAACCCGUUCAGGAGAUACAGUAAAGCUUGCUGAACUAUUAGACGAAGGCUUGAAGAGGUCGAUUGCAAAACUCAUGGAAAAGGAACGUGACAAGAUUCUUAAUGAAGAGGAAAUGAAAGAAGCACAAAAGAAUGUAGCAUAUGGAUGCAUUAAGUAUGCAGAUUUGUCUAAGAAUUGCAAGAACGAGUAUGUCUUUAGUUUUGAUAAAAUGUUGGAAGAUAAAGGAAAUACUGCAGUUUACUUGCUAUACGCCAACACUCGUAUAUGCUCGAUUGCCAGAAAUUUAGGUGAAGAGUUUUUAAAAUCACUUCCAAAGCUCAAAAAGGAGACAUCAAUUGAACUUGAGCAUGUAAAAGAAUUGAAAUUGGCAAAAGUAUUGAUCCAAUUUCCAGACAUAAUUGAUCGAAUCCUGCGAGAUUUGACUAUUAAUACACUUUGCGAGUAUCUCUAUCAGAUUGCUACAACAUUUACUGAAUUUUAUGAUGUCUGUUACUGCAUUGAGAAGAAUAAGCAAGGUGAAAUUGUCAAGAUUAAUACAUCAAGGAUUCUACUUUGUGAAGCUGCUACUGCUGUUAUGUCUGAAUGCUUCAAGAUUCUUGGCCUUAAAACAUUGCAGAAAAUUUAAAUAACUUUGUAACAUCCAUUCAAUUUAUAUUUAAAUUAAUGAAAUAAUAAAAUUAUGCUGGAGAAUUUUAUUGUAACGUAAUUUUGAAGUUUGAAUGCUUGAUUAGCGAGACAUUCAGCCAAAUAGAAGCAAAUAGCAUGUUUUGAGUGUCUUAAUU